AUGCCACCAAUUCCCGCAUUACCACCGACACAUUCUUUCGGAAGUCAAGGAACAACUUUAACCACUACUGCGCCUGCUGCCACUACCAUUCCUACCACUACUACAAAUACUCCAACCACGGCUCCACAAUUUUACUACCCCUCUCACUCUCAUUCGGAUUUGGUCAAUAAUAAUAACAAUUCACCCAUCAUUACAUCUUCUUCUACUUCUCACUCACAACCGCAAUCACAAUCACAACUACAUACACAACCACAUUCACAACCACAAUCACAACUACAUUCACAACCACAUUCACAACCACAUUCACAAUACCUCGAUCAGUUUCAAAAUACCGAAGCGUCAUCAUCUUCUCAAUCCCCUUACGAUCAUCGCAUCCCAUCACCAUUCACGCUGGGUAAUGAUCCAGUAGAGAUAUAUCAGUACAACAAUAACCCUCAAAAACCUCUCUAUCACGAAUCAUAUACAAAUCAACUUGAUACAACCACGCGACAACCUCGUCAAUCACGCGUCAAAUCUCAACCCAUUACCACCGCUUCAUCCAAUCAAUCUCACACUCCUCAAUACCAACCCAAUAUGUCUUUCGCCAUAGCACCUCAACCCACCGCGGCUCCUCUUACGAAUAAAAAUCCAAACCCAGAUGGAAUAGAAAUCCGCACAAAGUUUCCCGUCGCCCGCAUAAAACGGAUAAUGCAAGCCGAUGAAGAAGUAGGAAAAGUCGCGCAAGUUACUCCGGUCGCAGUAUCGAAAGCCUUGGAACUUUUCAUGAUAUCGUUGGUACAAGGCGCGGCUAAAGUGGCACGGGAGAAGGGAGGAAAAAGAGUUACGGCAGGUUGUUUGAAGAGAGUGGUGGAGGAAAAUGUUCAAUUUGAUUUUUUGAGUGAGAUUGUGGGGAGGGUUCAAGAGGUUGUGCCGGCGGCGAAGGAGGAGAAGGAUGGGGAGGGAAAAAAGAGGAAGGCGUCGGCGGCGAAAAAGGAAGAGGGGAGUGAGAGUGAAGUGGAGCCGGAAGUCGAUGCGGGCGAACCGAAGAAAAAAGGAAGAGGAAAGGGAAAGGGAGGAAGGAAGAAGAAGGUUGAGGUUGAAUCUUGA